CUUUGACAGCGAUGGCAGACGUACGAAAAGAAACAGAUAAUAAUGAGGAACAAGCAAAGAGUAACAUAGAAAGCCUAAAGGGUCGUAUUAUUGCAACAAAUAAGCUUUACAAGUAUUUAACAUCAGCUAAGAAAGAUGCUGAAGAAAAGGCUAAAAAGAUAACUUCACUCAAUAACAGUCUUGAAGAAGCACAAAAGAUGAUUGAUACGCGUGAUAAAGAAUACAAGUCGCUUGAAGCAAAAUACAAUCAACUACUUGCAUCUUCAGGUGACGAUCCAGUAGAACUUCAGAAUAAAAUUCAAUCUCUGCAACAAGCGAUCUUGACUCUCACACAAGAGAAACAGAAGGCUGAAUCUGCUGUCAGCAGUAAUACGAUUUAUAUAAAACAGCUGGAAGCACAAUGUGAAAGUCUUAGGGAAACAAGUGGAAAGAAGACGCAGGGUAGUGCCAAACAAAAUGCAGAAAUAAAACGCUUACAACAAGAAUUAAAGACAAAAACUCAAGAAGUGCAAGAGCUAAAAGAGCAGCUGGAAGAAGAACGUGAACAAAAAGAUAAAGCAGAGGAUGAACUGAUGGAACUUCAAAUCAACCAUGAAAUGGUCAACACAAAACAAAAAGAAACAAACGAUGAGCUGCAAGAAUUCAAGCAAAAGUAUGAAACACUUGAUAAUGAACUCAAUCAGUUAAAAGACGCCUAUGAUAAACUCCAAACUAAGCUUAUUAUGGCUGAAAAGGCAGCAACAGAGGCUACUGCCAAAGCUGAAGCACUUUCACAUGCAAGCCAACCUAUUUAUAACGAUUCCAGUCUAAAGGAGCAAUUGCAGGCAGCUAAAGCUGAGCUUAAGCUCUCAAAGUUUGAAAACGAAUUCUUACGAAACCAAAUUAAAAGCAUGUAUAUAAAUCAAGAAAAGAGCAGCAAUCAACUUUCUGACGAAGAGACCACUACCACUACACACGAUUUGUCCUUUAGUAGCACUACAUCUACUCCUGUUCAACCACCAAAGCCUAUACAACAACGUCCUUUAGUAACAUCACAUAACAAAUCACCAGCAUCAUCAGCCAUACCACCAGCAUUACCAUCAUCUUUUGUAAAUAGAAACGAAACCUCUUCAAAGACUCAACAAGCAUUACCUUCGCCCGUCCGCAAACCCCUUUUAAAAUCAACGCCCAUCAGAUCACCUGUAGUGCAACCUACUACAAGGCCCCUUUCUCUUUCACGAACGACAACACCAUCAACACCUUUAACACCUUCAACACCAAUACCCAAAGAACAGAUCGAUAAGACUGCUUAUCGUGUCACUGGUCUUAUACCUCCACCACCCAUCAUAUCUUCUACACUAACAAAACCUACAACGAGCAAUAGCAGCAAGAGCAAGCUUGAAAAAUUUGCGAAUAGCAGAAACCCUUCAAAGCUCAUCGGAUCAAAUCCUACACCUGUAAGCAAGAAACGACCUAGCAAGACUGUAGAUGUGUCUGAACUGCCUGAAUCCAAGAAACAGAAACAAGAUAACAAGUAUUUAAAGAUAGCUGAUCAAUCUGUCAAUACAAAGUACACUUUGCCUAGUCAUAUCGAUAUAUCUCACGAAUUAGAGCCUAUCCUGUCAGAAAUAGAUGCGUGUUAUGAAAAAAUCAAAUCGGCUGCUAACCCUUCUGAGUUGUCUGAUACUACCUUUGGUAUCCCUGGUGGACUACGGAUCUCUGUGCCUGGUACUGUUGAUAAAAGAGAAAAGCUGUACGCUUGGCUUUUAUGGGCUUUGGUUCAUGAAAAUACAGAAGCAUACGAUAAAGUAUUGAAGGCAUUAUCUGCUAUCGUUGCUGAACGCAUACAAUCAACAAAAUCUCAAACUAUACUGAUGCGUUAUGUGCGACUGGUAUCCAUACUUUGUAAAGAGCAUGGUGACUUGAGUCGAAUGCGCGUCAUAUGCUUCGAUAUUGUUCGAUAUUCAAAAUGUGUUGCAAACACUACUGCAUGCUUACUUAAUAUUGCCUGUAUCUAUAACGAGAGCAUUUCACUAAUAGAACAACAACAACAACAACGACAGCCUUGGGAGCUACAGACCGUUAUUUGUUCUGCUUUGGCUCAUAUGGUGAACGCAAGUCAUAAUAAAACAGUUAAAGAAACAUAUUCAAGGCUUGUGACUUUAUGCCAAUGGUCUUCACCGCACGAUAUAGUUCCUUUGCAAUCUGUUAUAUCACAGGCUGCUAUAACAAUGAAGUCUUCCGAUUUCAAGGAACUGUACAACAAGAACAAAGCUGCUUUCAAGCAACAAACGUUUUGCAUAAUCAAGAGCUUAGAGCUAGCCUUUAGCACAAUCAAUAACUGGACAACAAUUUAUAAUGACUUUAUCCGAAAUACCUUAUGGCCCAUGAUUGGAGAUGAGGUGCUUGACGGUCUUUGUCUGGAGCUUCUUGGUGUUCUAGGAUCUCUAGGAGUAGGUGAAGGCACUGCAGGUCAUGAUAAAUCAGGUGUGAUGGUUCUCCUGCACAAGUUAAUGAGUGUACUUAAAGCUGACUUGAGUCCAGAUAUGAAACAUUUACAAUAUUCGGCUGUACAUGGAGCUACCUUGCUGAGUAGGAAUAAGCCCGAGUAUCUCAAAUCAAUCCAAAAGUGGCUUGAUGAUAAUAAAGCAAAAAAGUAGUUUAUUUUUUUGUUUGUUAAAAUAGAACAAUAAAGAACAUCUUAUACGUAGUACAAAUAAUCCUAGGGUAUAAGGUGGGGGUGGCAGAACGAUGGGGGGUAAUGGUAGGGGAAAAAAGAAGGGGUAAGCAGAUUUCAAUUCCAUAGAAUGUGCCAGAGAACAUGUUUUGAUAUGAAUUAUAUCAAGAUCAGAGGAAUUGUUCUCCCCUGGAUAAUAAUGCAUACUUGAAUAGCAACAGUGAGCCAAUGAACCAAUGCCAUCGUGUGGUGAUUAAGUAAAUGAAUAAAAAAAGAAGAAAAAAGAAAGAAAGAAAAGGAAUUGACAGGUUUGUGCCUCAAGGAAGAAUAAGGAAGGAAAAAGAAACUUUCCGUUUUGGGUAAAAUGCUAAUCUGUGAUGCUUCUUUACUUUUUCUAUUGAAAUCGAGUUUACUCCACGAUCUGGUCGAUUUCUAGAAAUGUCCUAAUGGAGUUUUAAUUGUUUUAUAC